GGGGAAGCAAAAAAACACCUCAGUAAAACGUUUGUUCAAUUGUCAUGACAAAAUUAUUCUUUCUUGACAGCGAAUUUCAAGUAUACAAUUAACAAACUUAUAUGAAUAAUACAAUGUACUCUUCAACUGAGAUUAUACAUAACAAAUAGAUCCCUGUAUACAUAACGUAAAGAUUACAAUUAAUCAUAGUAUAGUAUCAAUCAUUGAACUAUACAGAAUACAAUUACUUAGAACAGGAUCACUUUUUUAUAUCAUUUAUAUUCAUCAUAACUGGAUAGAUUCAAGUGCUAUAGCAAUCAACUCAAGAUAUUAAAAACAGUGAAUGAUUUGUAAAAUACAAAAAAAAAACAAAAAAGAAAAAAGAACCAGUCAGAAUAAUUGCCAUUUCUAUCCAUAAUUAUGAAACUUUUAUUCAAUGAUUCUUUAACAUCUUUGAAUAUUUCAAUAAAUGAUAAUGAUUUCAAUGAUUCAAUGAAUAAUCAACAAUUGAAUAUUGAACAUGUUCAUAAUGAAACUGUUUUAAAUAGUACAACUCCUAGUGUCAACUAUUCAACGACUGAAUCAAUGAUCAAUGAUAUUGAGAUAGUGAAUACAACAACAAUAAUGAUGAAUAUAACAGAUAAUAUAACCAUCAUGAAUGAUACUACUAAUUAUAUUACAGUAGAUUAUCAUAAAGAGGAUUUAAGAACAAUCACUACACAUCCUACUAUCGAUGUAAAUUCUAAGAAAAUAACAGAAGUUAAUAGGAAUUCAUGGACAUCAUUAACAUCAUUAUCAACACCAUAUAUAUCACGUAUAGAAGAUAGUGAAACACACCAAGUUUAUAGAUCAUUCUCAGCACCAGUUGAUAUAACUCAUACAAAAACUGGACAAGCUACAUUGAAACAUCAACAACUAUUAAUAAAACAUCCAGCUGAAAGAACUGAACAUAAAGGAUUGUCCUAUGGUGGUAUCGUCAGUCUUUCUAUACUGGGGGUCACUUUCGGUUUAUUAUUACUAAUUUGGUUUUGUAAACGUUGUUUAUUGAAAAAACGUCGAUCAAAAAAAGAUGGUAAAAAAAUGUCAUUAGCUGGUGGAAAAUUAGCAGCGGAUUUAAAAACAGCAGCUCAUUUAUCAGAAGCAUUAAAAAGUCAAGAUAAGGUUGCAUUGAAAACCGACAUGGAAAUGAAUGAACAAGAACAAGUGGGUGAUCAUGAAAAGGAGAAACAAUAUUUUGGAAAAUUACAAUUUUCAUUAGAUUAUGAUUUUCAAAAAGCUGAGUUAACAGUUGGUGUAAUUCAAGCUAAUGAUUUACCAGCUAUGGAUAUGUGUGGUACAUCUGAUCCUUAUGUAAAAGUUACUUUAUUACCGGAUAAAAAGAAAAAAUAUGAAACAAAAGUACAUCGGAAAAUUUUAAAUCCUAUAUUUAAUGAAACAUUUAUUUUCAAGAUUCCCUAUGCUGAAAUCAGUUCAAAAACGAUUUCGUUUACUGUUUAUGAUUUCGACCGAUUUUCCAAACAUGAUCAGAUUGGACAAAUCAAAGUACCAUUGAGUACUGUAGAUUUAUGCAAUGUGAUUGAAGAAUGGCGUGACUUAAGUCCUCCAGAAGGGGAAGGUGAGAAGGAAAAUCGUCUAGGUGAUAUUUGCUUCUCAUUGCGUUAUGUUCCAACAUCUGGUCGAUUAAAUGUGAAUAUAUUAGAAGCUAAAAAUUUGAAAAAAAUGGAUGUCGGUGGACUUUCAGAUCCCUAUGUGAAACUUUCAUUAAUGUUUAAUGGUAAACGUAUUAAAAAAAAGAAAACAACAAUUAAGAAAUACACAUUAAAUCCUUAUUACAAUGAAUCAUUUGCAUUCGAUGUACCAUUUGAUCAAAUACAAAAAGUCAAUUUAAUUGUCACUGUUGUUGACUAUGAUCGUAUUGGAACCUCUGAACCAAUAGGUCGAAUUGUAUUAGGUUGUAAUGCAACAGGUGCAGCACUUCGUCAUUGGUCAGAUAUGUUAGCUAAUCCAAGACGUCCUAUAGCACAAUGGCAUACAUUACAAGAUAUGCCAGAAAAGAAUUGAAUCUAUUCUUUUUUCUUUAAAAUAAAUCAAAGAAACCUUUUCAAUAUUCAAUUAUGUUAUAUCACACCGUAUAGCCUUUAUGUAAUUUGAAUGUUUACUGAACAUAUUUUGCUCAUAUUAAAUGAGAUUGAAAAUUCAUUAUCAAAGCAAACUGUGGAUAUCCGUAUAAAAUUUGCUUGUAAACUAUAUACUAUAGUCGUUUAUUUAUUGUCACCAACUCUAUGCUUGAAUCAUUUAUAAUCAGCAUAACAAAAAACUGUGUUAUGGAUGUUGAUUUAAACAAUGAAUGUCGAAAUUGAUCACACAUUUUAAUGAAGAUUUGUACUCUGAGCUUAUUAGUUUGGUCAUGAAGUCUUCAUCACUUUUCUGAAUAACAUCAUCAACACAAACUUCACAUUGAAGUAAAGUGCUCGAAUAAUGAUGAAAACCUCACGAUCAAACUAUUCAACCUUAAACUACAAGUCUUCUCCACUAUCUUAAUCACCAUCUAAACAAAUACAUGCUGAUGAAUAUCAUUCAUUCAAUGAUUAUUGAUGAUUUAAUAAAUAUUCAAAACUUAUUAUUUAGCUUUUCUUGCAUUUAUUUUCAUGAUUUUUUUCACAAAAAUAUUGAUUAAGAAACGAAGUGUUGUAGAACCCGCCAAUUUUUUUUUCAGAAUUUGAUUGAUUUAAACAAUCAUUUCAUAUUUUAUCUCUAUAUUUAUAUACAGCUUGAUUUGAAUUGAGUUUUGUUUAAUUCUUCUUUUCAUGUAUUUAUAUUUGCAUUGUAAAGCUUGUUCUCAUUAAUUAAAAUAUUUGUGAAUAAUUUUAUC